AUGUUAGAGAGUAAUAAAUUGAUUAAUUUUAAUUGUCUGUUGCCAUACUUAUUCACAGGUAUACGGCUUGGAGUAUUUCCUGAUGAAUUGGAAUCUGAGUUCUAUCCUCCCACCGUAAGUCAGCCAUUGACUGAACAUCAAAUUUCGGAGGAAGGCACAGCAUUUGAAAUGUUUUCCUCAAAUAGCAGCAAUAGUGAUGUGGUAAGCUAUUAAAUUGCACUUCUAAACUGUAAUACAGGUAUCUGUGUUUCAGAUGUUGACAAAGCCAUUUGUUAGUGCAUGGCCAUAAAAAUCAAACUGGGCAGUGGAGUUCAAUACUUAAAACAUCCAUUUUUGUUACACUUUAAAAGCUGAUGCAUGAUUUUGAAUAUAUCCAUGCAUUCCAAGCAAUCAAAAAAUUGUUUCUAAUAGCUUUUAUACUUCAAAAUUCAUAUGUUAAAUUUCAUUUUUGGUGCGUACCAUUUAGUAUAGCUGUGUAAAUUUCUGAAACACAGUUACUGUAUUUUUCCUGGACACCUGUAUUUACUGUAUACAGUACUGCAUGUUGAUACAUUUUCACACUACUUGCACAGCAUAAUCAUAUCAUAUUUUUUAUAUAGUUAUCUGAUGAUGCCCCUGAAAUUAUAGACACAGAUGAUGACGAGCAGGAGACAACGUCUGAAGUUGACAAUGGUCCAGCCGUCAAAGUAGUGAAAUUAUUCGUAAUUUUUCUGCUCUCCUGGAAAAUUGUAUGCUCCAUUUCAGAUACAGCGCUCGCAGUGAUACUAAAGUUUCUCACGGAAUCAUUAAAAUUAACAGCGGUUAUUAUGCAGUGUGAGAAAUUAAAGGAGUUUGUGCCAUUUUUCCUAGAACGUUGUACAAAUUGAGAUCCAUGAUUAAUUCUGAUAUAAAUAGCUUUCAGCAAUACGUUGUGUGUCCAAAAUGCCAUGCAAUCUACAAAGCAGAGGAUGUUCUUCACAAAAAUGUGAGGGGAAUUACAAAGGCAAAAAAGUGCAGUUACGUGCAUUUUCCAAGUCAUCCUCGUGCAAACAAGCGAAAGCCAUGUGGAUCAGCUCUAUUCAAGCAAGUGAAAGCAAGCAAUGGAUCACUGACACUAAGACCAAAGAAGAUCUUCUGUUUCCAGUCCAUAAAGGAUAUUUUAUCGAGGUUUUUGAAAAGACCAGAUUUUGCUAG